UAAUUGAUUCAAAGAGGGGGAGGGGCCACUAAUCAGAUCGGAGCAUAAUGACUUUAUAUAAUUAGCACGCGCGGGGACACGUAGGUCUAUGAGAGCAAUGCACAUAUUACAGAGCAUUGGCACAACUAGAGAGGCAGAAAUCCGAGGUCGACCGUAGACUACUUUGAAACGCUUGAUCCGAUGCUUUUAAGUAUAAUGGAUCUAAGUGCUGUGGCAACACCAAAGCUAUUGAAAUACAACCUGACACUUUUGGUAGAUAUCGCGGGAGAAGUAGGGUUAUUGAUCCACUGACAUCUAUGGACUAUUUUGCCUGUUUUUCACAUGCCAUAAGACACUUUUUACUUAUAGCCCAAUUUGCCAACAUGAAAGGGUUUUAAUGGAUAUAAUCAUGCCUGGUCAGAUUUGAUAUCGCUGCAAGUGUUCAAUUCCUACUAGCGGAGCUGGAAGACUUUGAUAAGAUCACCUUCAAGAGAAUCUAAGUCCAUUUGCGUAGACCAGCGAGAAUUUGCGUCCGAACGUCGAGGGGGACAUUGAGAGGUUGUCGAAGCCGUGUGAAGGUUUCUCCGAGUCGAAUCCCCGUCUGAACGAUGGUGUUUGACAAGGAGGAAAGUGUCUCCCUUGUGCCUCUCCAGUCCAAAGGGAAGCCGAGGGUCUGCGCCGGGUGCAACCGGAGGAUCAUGGACCGCUUUAUGCUCGAGGCUCUGGACAGGUACUGGCAUGAGGACUGUCUGAAGUGUGCCUGCUGUGACUGUCGCCUGGGCGACGUGGGCUCCACCCUCUACACCAGAGCCAACCUCAUCCUCUGUCACAAGGACUACCUGAGGCUCUUUGGGAUGACGGGGAACUGUGCAGCUUGCAGUAAGGUGAUCCCGGCCUUUGAGAUGGUGAUGAGAGCCAGGGAGAAUGUCUACCACUUGGACUGCUUUGCCUGCCAGCUGUGCAACCAGAGAUUUUGCGUGGGAGACAAGUUUUUCCUGAAGAACAACAUGAUACUGUGCCAGCUGGACUACGAGGGGGGCCAUCAGAAUGGAAACUCUGCUGAUCAGGCUCUGUAGGCUCUACUGCUCUCUGAUGGUCAGGCUCUACUGCUCUCUGAUGGUCAGGCUCUACUGCUCUCUGAUGGUCAGGCUCUACUGCUCUCUGCUGGUCAGGCUCUACUGCUCUCUGAUGGUCAGGCUCUACUGCUCUCUGAUGGUCAGGCUCUACUGCUCUCUGCUGGUCAGGCUCUACUGCUCUCUGCUGGUCAGGCUCUACUGCUCUCUGCUGGUCAGGCUCUACUGCUCUCUGAUGGUCAGGCUCUACUGCUCUCUGCUGGUCAGGCUCUACUGCUCUCUGAUGGUCAGGCUCUACUGCUCUCUGCUGGUCAGGCUCUACUGCUCUCUGAUGGUCAGGCUCUACUGCUCUCUGCUGGUCAGGCUCUACUGCUCUCUGCUGGUCAGGCUCUACUGCUCUCUGCUGGUCAGGCUCUUUGUAGGCUCUACUGCUCUCUGAUGGUCAGGCUCUACUGCUCUCUGAUGGUCAGGCUCUCUGUAGGCUCUACUGCUCUCUGCUAGUCAGAGACUAGCUAACGCCAGUGGACACUACUCCCUACCGGUAUCCCCGGACAGUCCUCUUCUCAUCACAUCAGGGCUGUAUUCACUAGGAACCAAAUGGAAGAAGGACCUACACUACAUGGCCAAACGUAUGUGGACACCCCUUCAAAUGGGUGGAUUCGGCUAUUCCAGCCACACUCGUGUGCAGUAGAAUGGCCCGU